AUCUUGAAUGAGAUUGUGGUUAAAGGUGACGAGGUGCACUGGGAUGAUAUUGCUGGAUUGGAGCAGGCAAAGACUAGUUUGAAAGAAACGGUAGUCUACCCGUUCUUGCGUCCUGACUUGUUCAAAGGAUUACGAGAGCCCGCUCGCGGAAUGCUUUUAUUUGGACCGCCUGGAACCGGUAAGACUAUGCUUGCGAGAGCAGUAGCUACCGAGUCACAGAGUACAUUCUUCUCGAUUUCGGCCUCGUCUUUGACUUCCAAGUACCUUGGAGAAAGUGAGAAGCUCGUGAAGGCGCUGUUCGCGCUUGCGCGAGCGCUCGCGCCGUCGAUUAUCUUUGUUGACGAGAUCGAUUCGUUGUUAUCGAGCCGAAGCGACACAGGCGAGCACGAAGCCUCCCGCCGGAUCAAGACCGAGUUUUUGGUGAAGUGGAGUGAUCUCGCGCACGCGGCCGCCGGCCGCGACCAUCAGGACGACAACGCGCAGCGGGUGUUGGUGCUUGCGGCGACGAAUUUGCCGUGGGCGAUUGACGAGGCUGCGCGGCGACGGUUCGUGCGGCGACAGUAUAUCCCGCUGCCGGAGCGGGAGACGAGGAAGAAGCAUCUGCAGACGUUGUUGGAGUAUCAGGUCCAUGGGUUGUCGGAAGAGGAUGUAGAUAGAUUGGUUACUAUGACUGAUGGCUUCUCUGGUUCCGAUAUCACUGCCUUGGCGAAAGACGCGGCCAUGGGACCUCUACGAUCACUAGGCGAAGCCUUACUCUCGACUCCUCGAGACCAGAUCCGCCCGGUCACGGUCGCCGAUUUCGAGGCGAGCUUGAAGACCAUCCGACCCAGUGUGUCCAAAGAAGGACUCCAAGCUUUCGAAGAAUGGGCGCUCAAGUACGGUAGCUCUGGCGCGUGA